GUCACUUCCUGGGACAAAUCGAGCGCCAUUUUCUCUUUCUGGCUCUGGAACGAGGGAAGAGCAGCUGGAGGUGGGGAAGCGGGGUUUAGUGGAGGUGAGGGAAGGCCGGGUCCGGCGCUGCAAGGCCUGAUGCGUGCAGCCUGGGUGAUGCUGCCACUGCUGCCGCCGGUGCCCGUGCUACUGGGUCACUGAGCGCGGGCUGCAGCUCGAGACCAGGAGGCGGAGCCGGGCGGGGCUGUCGCUGAGUGAGUGGCCGGCCGGCCGACCAAGCGGCAGCCGGCAGGGGAGGAGGAAAGCAGCAAAGAGAGGAGGCGGCGGCGGCUCGUGCUGCAACGCGCCCGCGCGCCUCAGGGAGGCGCACGCGAAGAAGAAGCGGGCAGGCAGCGGGCGCCCCCUGCAGUCCGGACAGGGAAUCUGCAGGCUCUCUUGAAAUGUUGGCAAAAAGCGUUGAGAGUCUUUUGUCGGUGUACUGGUAGCAGCAUCUUAGACUCGUUUGGGGAAAAUGCUUGGUUACUUAUCCUGGAGAAGCUCAACAUGUUUCAAAUUCCUGUUCAAAAUCUUGAUAAUAUAAGAAAGGCUCGGAAGAAAGUGAAGGGUGUUCUUGUGAAUGUUGGGCUUGAUAGCUGCCGGGAGUUACUACAGACCCUGAAAAGUUUUGACCCUGGAGAAAAAUAUUUCUGCAACACUUCCUGGAGUGAUGUCUCUCCUUGGGAGUCUAUGGCAAGAAGAAGGAGAUACAGAACAAAUCCAUACUGCUGUAGCCUCUGCAAGUUCUCAACAAAAUUUCUUAAUUCUUUCAAAAAUCACUUGAACCGUUGCCAUGAAGAUGAAAUGGACCAAGAGUUAGUUGUUCCUUGCCCAGAAUGCACAUUUGCUUCUCAUUCCAAAACAGUAGGAAAACACCUCCGGAUGUUUCACUCCAAGAAAAAAAUACAAAAUUACAAUGUGAGUGGUGGCAUGAGGCAAUUCCGGAGCGAUGUAGUAAAUUUCGUAUGUCAGAAAUGUCAGUUUACUGACACGUUAUAUUACAACACAAAGAAACAUGUGCUGGUAACCCACUUUCAGAAUCUAAUAAGCACUUACUUUGAGGAGAGGCCGGAUGAAAGUGAAGAAAAUUUUACUGAUCAUUAUUGUAAAAAGUGCAAUGCUUUUGCAAACAGCCGGGAUUCUUUAAUAUAUCAUGUCUUGACAUCUGAAGUACACAAAGACUUGGAGAACAUAUUGAGGCCUGUAAUUUCAGUACAGCCUAAGAAACCAGGACAAGCAAAAUCACUGCAGAUUGUCAGUAUUGCUCCCAAGCCUUCCGCAGUUGGAGCCACUUCACCGUUGAUACCGACCACUGCCUCGGUGACCUCGGCUCCUACUACAUCCUGUCUUCAGCGUUCACUUUCAUCAGUCAGUCAAAAUCAAAAUAUGUUGCCAACAAAAGCAGUUCAAAACACAGUUGGACCACUGAGUGUUUCAAGUGCCUCUAGUAGCCUUACGCAUACAUCAUCUCCAACCUCGGUUGCCCAGUCACGUAUUACACUUAUGUCUGGAUCUUGCCCAGGAGGUCCAAAUAAUGUUGCGCUUCAGCCUACAGUUCCCCAACCGGUCUUUGUUUCCCAUCGUCUUCCCCUAAAGCAGCCUGUGAGGCCUGGGGUCCUCUGCCUGAACCAGCCUACUGGGACCAUAAGUAGAUCCGGUCCUCCAGGAGUUGUCUCAUUCAGUCGGCCUGUCCGGCCUACUCUGCUUCCUGUUAACCCAUCUAUUAGGACCAUGAGCAGUCCAGUUGUGUCAGGGGCUCUUCCUAUGACCCCGCCAGCUGGGUCUCUAAAUACAUCAAUCGGGACCAGUGUUCUUCCAGUAAACAGACCUUCUGCACCUGGGGUCCUUGCUGUAAACCGGCCUGUUGGCAGCUUGAAUCACUCUAAUGGUCCUGGGGUUCUCCCAGUGACCCAGACGAUCACUUCAGGGGUUCUUCAGUUUAAUGCACCAGGGGUUCUCCCUGUAAACCAUUCAGUUGGCCCUGGGAUUCUCCAGUUUAAUCAGCCUGUUGCACCAGGGGUUCUUCCUGUAAAUCAGUCUGUCAGACCUGGAAUUUCUCAAAAUACAACUUUACUUGCUGCGGGACCGAUACUUAGACAAUUAAUUCCAACUGGCAAGCAAGUUAAUGGGAUACCUACGUACACUCUUGCACCAGUUUCAGUUGCUUUGCCUGUGCCACCUGGUGGUGGGGUGUCAACUGCUGCACCGUCUCAAGUACCUGUUCAGCUGAUGCAGUCUGGUACAGUGAGUCAGUUGCCCCAGGCUCCUGCUACUGUGCCGCCUUCUUCGGUUGUGACUUCUUUGACCAAUACUGCUGUCAAGACAUCUCUCUCUGCGUCUGAAAUAAGUUUAGCUCUUAAACAGGCAAAGCAGUGGAAGACCUGUCCUGUUUGCAGUGAGCUCUUCCCAUCAAACGUCUAUCAAGUGCACAUGGAAGUAGCUCACAAAUUCAGUACAGUAAGGACAGAGGUUACUUUUGAAAUUGAUAAAGUUGCAGCCUCUGCACCUUUUCUAAGGUGGCUAAAAGAUAGGACAGUUCGGUGUUUUUCUUGUAAAUGUUUCCUGUCUGAUGCAGAGCUUAUAAAACACCUGUUCACACAUGGAUUAGCUUGCCUGUUUUGCACCAGUACUUUCCAUGACUUAAAAUGCCUUGUGGAUCACACUAAAAAUGUACAUAAAGGAAAGAAGAAACUACAUGCUGAUUAUGAUGACAAAGGGUUCCAACUUGAGAGUGAUUCUGAAGGUGGCCUGGUGUUUCCUCACUUUGAUUUCUGUAUAGCAUCACCAAAAGAAGAACUUGGCGAAAGAGAAGUGCAUCUAGCGGUACUAGCUGGGGUAAACUCAAGGACCGUUAUUCCUCUGUACAUCAAAUUGCAACUUGAGGCUACUGAAAAGAUUGUAGGCAAUAAGAAAGUCUCAACUUGCCCCUUUUGUUAUGGUACUUUCACUAGCACAGAAGCCUAUGAGAUCCAUUUGAAGGAGAGGCACCAUAUCAUGCCAACUUUACAUACUAUUUUGAAGUCUCCUGCUUUUAAGUGCAUCCAUUGUUGUGGAGUAUACACUGGCAACAUGACUCUGACAGCUAUUGCUGUGCAUUUGCUCCGCUGCCGGAGUGCCCCCAAAGACAGUAAUCCAACUGUGAAGAUGCAGCUUGAACUCGAUGAUGAGAAAGAUCCGCUGCUUGUGAAUGGUGAAAAGCCUGAUGCUAUGUCUCUUUCAGUAAAGAGGAAACAAUCUGAUCAUCUUUAUGCUGUUACAGAGGAUUCAAAGAAUGAGGACCAGCCAUUCCUGAUUAUAAAUAGUGGUACAGCUCAAGUUCCAGCAAAGGAGGUGAAUUUUGUACCUUCCAAACGACAAAAAACUGAUCAUAAGACUGAAACAAAAGGACAACCCUCAACUGAAGAUCUUCAUAUUUUAGCACUAAAUCCAAAGCCAUUCCAGCAUAGCUCAAAUGAAGCUCAAAAACGGUUUCUUGCACGUUAUUUUCACAAGAAGCCAUAUCCCACUAAGAAGGAGCUAGAAUUACUGUCGUCUGUUUUUUGUGAGUGGAAAGCUGAUGUUGCAUCAUUUUUUGGAAGAAAGAGACACACGUGCCUAAAGGCAAUAAAGAAUCUUCAGCCAUCUGUGCUUUUGGGCUUCAGUAUGUCUGAACUUAAAAAUGUGAAACACAGAUUGAGCUUAAAAUGCGAAUCAGAGGUUCUGUAAAAAUAGUUUCUUUUUAAAAAAAACAACCCCUCCUAAUAUAAGGCAAUCAAGAUUGCAUAUUACUUCAGCAGUUGUCUCAUUGGUUUAGUUCUUUGUGACAUUAGAACAUUAGUACACAGUGCCUCAUUCAGUUUGGGCAACUGUUCAUUGUGGCAGUGGGGUACAAUAUAAUAUACCUGAGGCUCUGGGCAGAGCCCUGUUCCACAAGCACUCCUAACGUCUGCCACUACACAGCACUAGCCAUAGUGGCUAGUGUACACCCACUAUCCAAAGCGUAAGUGCUUUUGCACAAGAACAAUUGUUGUUCAGUUUAUUGUGAUCUUUGAUCAAAUACACUUUUUUGCAGCUCCCCUGUGCGCUGGAAGCACGCUGUUAGAGCAGAAAGUAUUUGUGGUCUUGCUGGCCUUGGGCCGAAAUAAACAAAUACGUAUUUGUGGUCUUGUGCAAGAGCGUAAAGACGCCUACGUUUUGGAGUGCAAGAACACCAGUAUAGGGCUAGCACUGUAUGGUGCUGGAUGUUAGGAGUGCCCAUGGAACACUGCUUUGGAUGUUGGCCUCUUGUUUCUUUUGGUUUUUUUGUUUAUGGAGUAGUGUUUUCCUCUCAUGGGUUUUUAUUCAACUCUUAACAUUUUCUGAUAGUUUUUUUUCCUUAAUAUUUUUUUACUACUACUAUUGUUUUAGUAAAAUAUCAAAACUGGUUAGAUGGUCAUAAUAGUAAUAAAAUACUCCCCCUCACUUCAAUGUUUAAAAUGAUUGGCUUGAAACCUCAUCUUAAUUAUUGCCCUCUAAAAAACCCACCUUCACUUAUCAGUGACAGCAGUAACAAAUUCAACAGCCUUGGUUACUCAAAAGCAACGUUUGCAAGCAUUGUUUCUGAGCUUCCCUUUACCUGGAAUUAACUGAGCUUUUGUUAUUGAAAAUUACUUUACUAGCUUUCAUAAUAGUUGUGUUAUUUUUCUACAUAAGCUGAGUUUAAAUACCUGUAAGAAAUUCUGAAGGUUUUAUUAUUUGAGUAAAAAAAUUGUGUCCUUUUUCUUGAAAUUUUAAACGGUUUCCAAGUAUUACUUGGCAUUUAGUAAGGAGCUGCCCAAUUCUCUGUAGGCUGUAGUGACUACACAGGGAUUCUUUAAUCUGCUGGUACUGCAUGCUACUCCUGGAAGCAGUUGGCAUUGCAUACAUAUGAUUGGCAGUCCUUAGCUGUCCUGCCACUGUGCUGGCAAAGAUUCUAAAACAGAGACUGGAGUAACAGCUUAACACUUCUCCAUCUAGCUUUGCUGCUUGUUCUUGGAGCAAAGAAUCAAAAAUAACCACUUUGGCAAGAUCAGUGCAGGAAUGCUGUGACCAUCAGGCUCUUAUCCUGUAUCAAUAUAAUACAGGAGGACCUCAAUAUUUGCAGGGGUUCCGUUCUCUGCAAUUACUGCGGAUAUGGAAACUGUGACUAGUGAGUCAUUGGGGCAAUGUGAUCGUGGGGGCUUGGCCUGAAAAUUGCCCCAAAAUGCCAAAAAAGGGUUAAAAGGGAAAAAUAAAGUGCCCCACUGUGAUCUGCAGGCAGCCAACGAUCCAGCAAUGCCCCCCUGUAGCCACAAAUAGCCCAUCUUUUUGUUUUCCCCUGCAAGUUUUUGCUGUUCAGUCAGAAAUGACCUUAGAGGUCAUUGCCGGCCACCCUGACCCACAGAUACAUGAGUUUUGCUGGAAUUUUAUGGCGUCUACCUUAGGUCGGAUAUCUAUUACCCGACUGCAGAUACAUGAAUCUGCAGAUGCUGGAUCUGUGGAUAUUGAGGCUCUACUGUACUUUAUAAAGAUGAUGAGGGGUGGUAUUGAACGCUUAACAUUCAUAUUACAUUGCAGCUGCUUGUGGUAUUUGCAUCAACACUGACAGAAAGCUUUUGCUAGUAUCACACUGGCUGAAGUAUGAUUGGAUGUGUCACUCAGCAGAUGGGAGCCUUAUAAAGUUAGUCAAGUGCUUGAUGAACAGCCACAAUAGGUCUUUUUUUCAAAACAAAAUAGGUCUGAAACAUGUGUCAGAUUCUGUUACUGCUGCUGUUCUUUUUGUGGCAGUGUGUGGUUUGGUACACUCCACAUUCAUAAGAUUGGUAAUUUUCUGUUCAACCUGAAUGGGAUAUCUUGUGCCACUGUAGCAGCAACAAAGAGAAAGUCAUAAUAUAUUUGGUGUGCUGACUUUACAAUGUUUUAUAGUUACUAACAAAUCUCUUAAAUGCCAAGGGAUUUUUUUGUUUUGUUUUGCUUUGGUGAAACUGCAUGUAAACAACUUUAUGCAUAUUAAGCAGUUGCAUUACAGGAUGUUCAAUUUCUAUAAACAUCAGAAAAUUGUAAGAGG